AUGUCGUUCUCAUUCGGCUUCAGCGGCGACGACAUCGAAGAUGAUGGAGGAGAAACUCAGAUUGCAGAGACGCUCUCGCGGGAGAUGUCGAAACAUAACAUCUCUAACAUAAAUCUUGAGAAAUCGCAUGUUAUUGAGCCGAAAAGACAUGCUCUAGAGGAUUUGCUAUCGUCCCUCCCAUCACAGAUCUCAUAUAACACCCUGACCAUACCAACACCAACACCAACACCAACAUCUUCGUCAACGUUGCCGACACCACUCUCAAAUUUCCAAGAUACAGCCUCAACGACCACGAUUCAGAGCAACCAUACCCAAGUGCUGCGUCGCUCUCUCUUCGACAUACGUGCCCAACUCAUGGCGGAGGCAGACCCAUCAACCAACGACGACGCGGCGGAGACAAUGCUCGCCGGCCUCGAGAGCGGCGACUUGACAUCUGGCAUCUACGAAGGCGGCUUCAAGACUUGGGAAUGUGCCCUCGACUUGGCCUGUCUUGUGGCCACCAGGCACUACUUGGACAUGAUGAGCAACAUCACCCAGGACUGGGAGGUCAUCGAACUCGGGGCCGGCAGUGCCGUGCCGAGUUUGGCCCUCUUACGAACCUUUCUCGGCAGCACAAAUACCCAGAAACCAGACCAACAAUCUCCACAAAGCACGAAUGCACAAGCGCCGAGGUUGAAGUUUACAUUAUGUGACUAUAAUGAAGAAGUGCUGAGGCUGUGUACGGCCCCGAAUGUUCUUCUCAAUUAUCAUUACUAUGGGAUUGGUUCGAAGCAGAGUGUACCUGAUGGUCCACCGUCUCCCCCGGCGCUGGCGUCCGAGGAAGGCGAGCUCGACAUGGAGGAGAUGGGAGCCACUUUUCUGCCGGAUCUUGUUCAGGAUAUAAAGUCUAGAAAUGUUUCAUUUGAUUUCAUUUCGGGAGGCUGGGGAGAUUCCUUCCUGGAUCUGAUUCCAGUAUCUAAGCCAGACGCGGACCGGCCGACAAAUCUUCUUAUCCUGGCGUCCGAAACGAUCUACUCGCCGGCAUCGUCGAAGAUAUUUGCGGAUACUUUACUUCGCUUGCUUCGGCGGCACGACCGAGGGUCGGCGAAGGCAUGGGUGGCCGCGAAGAAGGUCUACUUUGGCGUAGGUGGCGGAGUCGACGAGUUUGUCAGGGACAUCGAGAACCAGGGCGGCCGAAGCAGGGUUCUGCUCGAGACAAAGGAUACAGGUGUGGGACGAGUUGUAUUGGAAAUUACGACAUGA